UUAUCAGAAGUUAAAAAUCGCCAAUUUAAGAUUCAUAAAUUCAGGGUCAAGUCGAUUUUCAGAUUUGAUAAUUAUAAUUUAUAAUGCGAAGCUAACGGUAUCUUGUUGUGUCUAAGGUAGUUACCAAAAAGAUUUUAAAAUGUUGAGACAUUUAUUAAGGACUAUCGCUAAGUCGAAAGUGGUUUCCACGAGAAGUAACGGUAAAUUAUCAACUUUAGGCAAUUACAGAAGUAUUGUGCCUUUAUCGACAACUCGACCUCACUUGCAAGAAGAUAAGAUAAAAGUAACAUUUGUAAUGCCUGAUGGAAGGAGUCUGGAGGCUUUUGGUAAAGUCGGCGACAGUCUUCUUGAUGUUGUGGUGAACAAUGACCUUGAUAUUGAUGGUUAUGGAGCAUGUGAGGGAACUGUUACUUGCUCAACAUGUCACGUUGUGCUUAAAAAAGAAGAUUAUGACAAGCUACCAGAGGAUGCUUGUGAUGAGGAAUGCGACAUGCUUGAUCUGGCCUAUGGUCUCACAGACACUUCGAGACUUGGCUGCCAGAUAACAUUAACUAAAGAUUUAGAUGGUUUGGUUGUGAAAGUCCCUGCAGGAACAUAUGAUGCACGCAGUUGAUAUAUGACAUUUUUAUUGAGGGUGUGGCGGGCACAACUGCAUCUGUUGUAAUAUUUAUUUUAUGUGAGUAGGUAAUAGUUUCCGUGUCUACAAAUCUAAAAUUUAUUUAUUUUUCAACACAUCUAAAAAUUACAUUGAAUGCAUAGGUGCGGAAGUGUGCCUGUUUCAUGCCUAUUAAAUAGCAAAUUGGGGCAUACUACAGUUGUGAAUUCAUUUUAAAGAAAUACUUUUAUAGAUACUUAACUCAACUUAUUCUCAGUGUAAGAAAUGUUAACCUGACAAAUUAGAAAACAGUUUAGUAAUUGAAAAUUAACAUUUAUAUACUUUAUGUAAAAUCUUACAUGUUCCUGAUCAUUUACUCGAGGAUAUAAACAUAUGACACAAUUUAAUUAAAUUAAAAAUACCAUUGUGUUAACAAAUUCCACAAUUUAGAUAAGAAAUUAAUAAUUUUAUUCUUAAAAUACAUACAAACUACUUAAUUAAGGGGUAACAUGAAUAAUUCUCUAUUGGUGUAUUUUAUGAUGAAAUCAUUAAUUUCUCAUAAUUCAAUAUUUUUAAUCUGUGAUUAGCAUUCGGGAUAUUGAAUUCUGGCAAUUAUUUUUAACAUUGACAGUGACAGUCCUUCCUGUGACGUCAUUUCACAAAUCGUAAAAUAUUCGUUUUGUAAAUUUUUAAUUUACUUUUCUAUAUUUACUGGUGAAGCUAUAUUUAGUAAAAGCCCAAUUUCAGUUGGGCAUUAUAAAUAUCAGUGAUAAAGGCCACGACA